AACAAAGAACUAACUCCAUUGGUUAAUGGAAUUGGUAGUAAUAAACCAAUUGACAAAGUUGUUAGUCAAUUUGAAGAUAUUUUUUUUGCUGAAUCUGAAUAUGAAUUUGAUCACAAAGAAGAAGAAAAUGAUCUUAAAACUCCAGGAGUAGGUGGUCGCAAGUUUUUUGAUUUAAUAGCUGAAAAUAAUAAAAAUACUUCAAAUGAAAUAUAUACAUCUACUGCACCAGCUACUACUGAAAUUUAUGGAUCAAUUAUCAAAACUG